AUGUCCGCACCACAAAUAUUUACCAAAUUAGAUACGCUGAAGGAGGAAGAUUCCUCCAAUCUAACAUCUCCCAUUGAACCUACAGCCACAACUCUAAAUUCCCCCUCGUUGCCAUCUAAACCAUUGAACUUGGGAAGAAUAGGUAAAAACAGACCAAGUGACAGUGUAUUAUUAUUAUCUUCAUCGAAAAUUGGUGCUAGAACUAAUGUAACAGCUGCUGCUGCUGCUGCUGCUGCUGUAACAGUCCCUAGACAUGACCACGACUAUCAUAACCCAAGACCUAUCUCUGAAGAAUCAAUCCUAACAAGAACAACUGAUAUUUUUUCCUCAGAUACAAAUUCUGAAUCGUUUUCAUCCAUUUCUAAUGAAUUGGAAAAUACUACGUAUGAUGAUCAAUCCAUGGACAAUAUCGAUAUGCAUGUAGUAAAUCAAUUGGAAGCAACAAUAAAUAAUAUGGAAUUCUUAUCCAUAAAUAAUGACAAUGGUGAUAAAAGCAUGGAUAUGGAUAUGAAUAUGGAUAUGGAUUUAUCCUUCGGAACUCAAUCAUUUUCAACCAUAGGUCCAAUAAGUAGAAACUCCACCAUAAGGCAACAAUCAUCCUUGAUACAUGAAAAUACUAGAUAUUCUUAUAAAUCAAAUAUAACUAGUCGUCAAAACUCUAUUAACUCUAAAUAUUCCACUACCUCCUCUGCAUCCGCAUCCGCAUCCGCAUCCACAUCCACAUCCGCAUCUGCGUUUGCAUUUGCUUUACCAUCCUCAGCACCUACAGCAGCUAAUUUACCCAAAGCAUGUAAUAGAAGUAAUUCCUAUUCCCAAGCAUCACAAACAAAAUUUCAAAAUAAUAGAAACAAAAACAACAACAGGAAGAAGAGUAACAGUAAUAACAAUAACAAUAAUAAUAAUAAUACUGUUAAAACUUUAUAUCCAUUGAAACAUUCACAUAGUAUGAUUAUAAAUAAUUCACUUCCAAUGUAUGACAACAAUAUUGAUAAUACAACUAAUAAAUCAUCGUUCAUGACACCAUCUCAAAAAUUUAGAUUACGUAAAGAACAAAAGGGUAAAGAAUUAAGGAAAAUUAUUAAAGAAAAGGAACAAUUUUAUGAAGAAUCUGAAAAAAUAUCCGAUUUAGAAAUAAUUGAUGGUGACAUAAAUGAUUCGUUAAUAUGGAAUAUUCCAACAGCAUCUAUCUCAACAACUUCAUUCAUAUCAGAUAAUAAUAACAAUAAAAACAAAACACGCGCAAAGAAAAAUCUUAAUAGACCUUUAAUGCAUUCACAAUUCUCUCUUUCAACAACAUCAAUUCCAGGUAUUAAUUCUGUAUCAGAUACACAAUAUUUCCAAGAAACAACAAAUGAUCUUUCAUCAUUAUAUGUAAAUGAUUCCAAAACAAUAACUAAAUCCAAAUUACAAAAGAGACAUUAUUCAGCAGAUCAUUUACCCUUAUCAAUGAAACAUGCAAGUGAUUCGGGUCUAGAAGAUUUAUUAUUAGUAUCAAAUGAUAAAUUGAAAUUUAUAAGUUCUUCAAGACCAAGUUGGUUACCACCAAAGGAUCCCAUUGAAAUGACAUUCCAUAAUUUAUGUAUCUCUGAAAAUUUAAAUCGUUUAUCAAAUGAUCAAUUGAAAUUGAAUCAAGCUAAUGAUGAGUUAUUGAAAAUUGAUCAACUAAAUAUAUCAACCUACGAAAGGUUAUUAAAGAACGAUAAUUAUAAUCAUCAUCAUCAUCAUCAUCAUCAUCAUCAUGAUCUCAAAACACUGAAAAAAAUUAUAUGGCAAACUAAAUUACCGAAUAAUUUAAUCACUAAUUUAUUUUUAAUGACUUUUAAAAAUGUAGAAGAGGAACAUUCAUUCGAUUCAUUCGAGAAUGUUUUAAGAUUAUUAAAUAAAAUGAAAUUCCCAACAGAUAAAGAAUUUCAAAUAAACCAAUUAAUUGAAAACAACAUUAACAAUAAACUUUCCGGAUAUAUUCAACCCAUUUCUGAUCAACUUCAUUCCAAUUUAAUGUUAUUAUUACAAUUGAAAUCUAUUUCUCAACAUGGUUUAGUCAUCGGAGAUGAUUUAUUAUUUUACCAUUUCCUUUUACUAAUUCAUAACAACAACAAUGAUGACGGACAAGAACAGGAACUUGAUGUGAAUGAUUUAUCAACAAUUUGGAAUAUCGUAAAUAAAAUACAAGUAACAUGUUUCAAUGAACAUUAUAAGGAACAAUAUGAUAUCAAUGUCUUGAAGAAGGCUCAAUCAUUAUCAUUCUUAAACAAACCGGAAUUUAAAAAUGAAUUAAAUUCAAACUGUUUGAACUUCAAUACAAUAUGGAAUGUAUUUGAAAGAUUGGAUCAUGAUUUAUUUCUUUGGAUAAUUAGUAUCAUAUUCACUUUGACAAUGUACCAGAACUUGAAGUCCAAACGGAAGUCAAAUUAUAAAAUCUCAAUUUCAUUCACGAUAAAUAUAUUGAUCAAUUAUCAUUUCGGAUUUAAUGAUUUUCAACAUUUGAACGAUUUAGAAGAUGCUAAUUUUUGUAUACCGAUGCCAAUCCCUAUCACAAGGGAUUCGAAUGAUGAACAAUUGAAUAGUAACAGAACUUUCAUAAAGAAGUGGUUACAUUAUUAUGAAACCAUUUAA